AUGCCAGGGCGAGGUGGCCGCGGUGGCGGUAAGAAAGGACCCGAUCUAUCCUGGGAAGAUCCCCAAGAUCUGCCUAGCGGACAAGCCACUCCUAUUGAGAAAAAAAAGUUGCCACCUCCAAGGUUUCCCCCCAUCGACUUGAAAGUCCCGCGGCCGAUUGAUGCGAAGGAGCUUGCCGGUGUGAAGAGUUACCUGCGCUUUCGCGAUUUUGUUCACAAUGGACCCUAUUACUCUGUGCUCCAGUCGAGCAAUCUGACGGACGACAAGGGAAGGGUCCAUAAGCGCGCCGGAUUUGACCCCUUCAAUGACCAGGAAAAGUACACGGCAAAAUAUGAAAGAAAAAAACGGACAGUGCCAGAUUUAAGCACGCGGGACUAUGCCCUCCACACAUUUCCCCAAGAGCUCUGGUCGACGUUAGACCCAAAAAGAAAACAUCCCCUGUGGAGAACAGUGGACAACGCCGCACUUCUUGAUGCUCCAAGGAAGAACCUAAAGCGCAGGCGCGAGACUUUAGCAGUGGGAGAUGACGAGGAUGAUGGUAAAGACCAAGCAGGAUCCGACAACGGAAAUGACACAGACGAGUCAGAUCCAUUGCUGAGCGGAGCCCGACGGCCACGGAACUCGGCCAAAGCGGCGAAAGAACGACGAAGGGAUCCCACGACGAAGAAGUCUGGUGAGAAGAGUGGUCUGGAUGCAGAAGACGAUUAUCCUGACGAUGAAGGCAGGGAUCAUGAUGACUUGGACGAUGAUGGAGAAGGCGAGGAUGAGCCCAUGGACUCUGAAUUUGAGGAGUCGGACGAUGGUGGCGGCGACGAUUACAAUGCCGAGCAAUAUUUCGACACGGGCGAGAAUGAUGACGACGAUUUCGGUGGCGGUGAUGAUGAUGGAGGGACAUAUUGA